CCGGAUCCGGUGGCAGGUGCCACUGGUCCUGAGUGAGGCGGUGCUGGGUCGGCUGGCGGGCGGGCGGGCUGGGCUUCGGCCCGCGCGCGGCGGGCGAUGCUGGGAGGCAGCUCCGGGGCCCGGGAGCGCGAGGCGGAGGGCGACGGGGCGGAGGCUGUGACGCCGCCGCCCGCCAUCGAGUUCCCGGCCGACGGCUCGGACCCCAAGUAUGACGAAUCCGAUGUCCCAGCAGAACUCCAGGUAUUAAAAGGACCCCUGCAGCAGCCGACUUUCCCUUUCGCAGUUGCAAACCAACUCUUGCUUGUCUCUUUGCUGGAGCACUUGAGUCAUGUGCACGAACCAAACCCUCUCCGUUCAAGACAGGUGUUUAAAUUGCUUUGCCAGACCUUUAUCAAAAUGGGGCUGCUGUCUUCUUUCACCUGUAGUGAUGAGUUUAGCUCGUUGAGGCUACACCACAACAGAGCUAUUUCUCAUUUAAUGAGGUCUGCUAAAGAGAGAGUUCGUCAGGAUCCUUGUGAGGAUAAUUCUCAUAUCCAGAAGAUCAGGUCCAGGGAAAUCGCCUUUGAAGCACAGACUUCACGUUACCUAAAUGAAUUUGAAGAACUUGCCAUUUUAGGAAAAGGUGGAUACGGAAGAGUGUACAAGGUCAGGAAUAAAUUAGAUGGUCAGUAUUAUGCAAUUAAAAAAAUCCUGAUUAAUGGUGCAACUAAAACAGAUUGUAUGAAGGUCCUGCGGGAGGUGAAGGUGCUAGCAGGCCUUCAGCAUCCUAAUAUCGUAGGCUAUCACACUGCUUGGAUAGAGCAUGUUCACGUGGCCCAAACACAAGAUAGAAUUUCUAUUCAGCUGCCAUCUCUGGAAGUGAUGUCAGACAAGGAGGACGACAGAAAUCAGCAUGUUAAAAAUGAUGAAAGUAACAGCUCAUCCAUUAUCUUUGCCGAGUUCACCUCAGAAAAAGGAAAGUCUUUAGGAGAAUCUGGCAUUGACAAUCAGAAUAACAGAUUGGUGAACUGCAACACCAAUUUAAUCACAAGAACCGCCUGUGAAUUUGAAUCAUCCAGUUUGCUCCAAGGAAAUGGUUUGGCUGAUUUGCCUUCCAGAUCGAUUGUUGAACAUCAGCUGCCAUUUAGGCAUCAUUCCGACUUAGAAGAGAAUUUCACAUCCACCGGGGAAUCUUCUGAAAACUUAAGUUUGUUGGGGCAGACAGAGGUGGGAGCCAGCCGUGUUGUCCCCCAGGUGCAGUACCACCUGAUGCUGCACAUCCAGAUGCAGCUGUGCGAGCUCUCGCUGUGGGACUGGAUAGUCGAGAGAAACCAGCGGGGCCGGGAGUAUGUGGACGAAGCUGCAUGUCCUUAUGUCAUGGCCAGUGUUGCAACAAAAAUUUUUCAAGAAUUGGUGGAAGGUGUAUUUUACAUACAUAACAUGGGAAUUGUACACAGAGAUCUGAAGCCCAGGAAUAUUUUUCUUCAUGGCUCUGAUCAGCAAGUAAAAAUAGGAGACUUUGGUCUGGCCUGCACAGACAUCAUACAGAAGAACACAGACUGGAUCGAUAGAGAUGGGAAGAGGACACUCACACACACGUCCAGAGUGGGUACUUGCCUGUACGCUUCUCCUGAGCAGUUGGAAGGAUCUGAGUAUGACGCCAAGUCAGAUAUGUAUAGCUUGGGUGUGAUCCUGCUAGAGCUCUUUCAGCCGUUUGGAACAGAAAUGGAGCGAGUACACGUUUUAACAGGUUUAAGAAGUGGUCAGAUACCUGAAUCCCUCAGUAAGAGGUGUCCCGUGCAAGCCAAGUAUAUCCAGCACUUAACUAGAAGGAACGCAUCUCAGAGACCGUCUGCUCUUCAGCUGCUGCAGAGUGAACUUUUCCAAAAUUCUGGAAAUGUUAAUCUCACCCUACAGAUGAAAAUACUGGAGCAAGAAAAAGAAAUCGAAGAACUAAAGAAGCAGCUGAGUCUCCUUUCUCAGGACAAAGGGGCCAAGGAUGACGUGAAAGAUGGGGGUGUUCCUGUCCUGCCUUAAUUAGGCUCUGUAAAUGUGAAAGUGGACUUCUAGUUCUUGAAGUAGUCAACUGGCAUGUAAAUGUUGUCUUUGUUAGGGUAUAGAUGGUAUAGUUCUAUUUAGUAAGCCUGGACAAGACCUAUUAAAGUUGUAGAAGUUCCCUCUACCUCUCUCUGCUGCUCUGCCUACUUGUGCUCGCUCUGUUAAAUAAAUAAAUAAAAAUCUUAAAAAAAAACCCAAAAAGCUAAACCUAUUUUGCUCUUUUCCUUCUCAUAUCCCAUAGACUCAUAAAUUUUUUUUUUUAAAGAUUUUAUUUAUUUAUUUGACAGAGAUAUAGCGAGAGCAGGAACACAAGCAGGGGGAGUGGGAGAGGGAGAAGCAGGCUUCCUGCCGAGCAGGGAGUCCGAUGUGGGACUCGAUCCCAGGACCCUGGGAUCAUGACCUGAGCCGAAGGCAGACGCUUAACGACUGAGCCACCCAGGCGCCCAUAGACUUGUAAUUUUUACUAUCACUGUCCAGUCUGAGAGACUUAGGCACCAUCCUCACUUUCUCCUUAAACUCUGCCUGUUGACCACAUAGACCUCCCCUAGAAUGUUCUACCGCACAGAUCCAGGUAUGCACCCCUACCCCGUCACUGCCCAAGCCCUGGCCUGCAUGUUUGCUGGACUGUUCCAGUUGUGACAGCUGCGUGUUAGUUACCAGAAAGACAUCUGAUGAGUUCACUCCCUGGCUCAAAAGCUGGCUCUUUGUUGCCCCUGAGAUACAACUUCAGCUUCUCAGCAGCGCAGCGUACAUCAUCCAACCUUUCUGUUAUCUUCACCUUUGGCUUGGCAUCACUUCAGAAUCAUGCCCUUUCCAAGCUUUGUGCCUCUUGCCCCCAAAUCAUCUAAAUCAUCUCAAAGUAGCUCUGGUGGGACUGUUCCUGUUUUCGCUCCUGUACUGUUCCCACGGUGUCCCCUUUAUUCAGCACUUGACUCCCCACCAACCUACGUUCCUUAAAGGCCCUGAUGGAUACGUUCAUUUUUGUAUCUCAAAAAAUGUCUGCCACAUUGCUGGCAGGUGUCCUGGUAUACUGCCCAUGACGUGGCUGAAUUUUAAAUAAAGUGAAACCCACAAAUUA